GGCAGGGGCUGUCGUGUGCGCUGUCCGUGGUGCUGACGCUGCGCGUGCCUUAAAGGCUGCACACGAGCAUCCUUCUACGAGAAGACCCAAAGGAGGAAUUUUUAUGUUUCGACGGAUAGCAGACUGAAGCUUUGGGGAACUGGGGAGUUUUUUUAACAGCUCGUAUGAGUGUUUUUAUUCGCUUUCUGGACUGACAUCCUUUACAGUUAUUAUCAAAGCACAAACUGCAAAGCGCGAGACCGCCGCGCGUUGAGCCAGUUUACUUCACUGCUCCUCCGACGCUGGUCGGCUCUCCGGUGCCGCCGCCUGCCCCCGUCUCUGCGUCCUUUAUGCACAGCACGCUGCUCCAAUCGUCCACGAUCAAACACACCUCCGUGUCCGAGCGCCAUGGUCCGUUCCAGCUGCCUCCACUGAGAGACAUGGAAGCUAAACAACACCCAAUAAAAACCCUGAAAAGCUACCCGGAGACUGGGGGCCGGAGCCUGGCAGCGGCCGCCGGAGGAGAAGGAGGAGGCUGCGGCGGCUAUCGAGCUGGCUCCGCUGAGAUGGAGAUGGAGGGAAAGAUCCAAAAAGCCAUCGACUUCAAGGCGGAGGGUCACCGUUGUUACAAGGAGAAGAAAUUUCGGGAGGCGAUAGGCAAGUAUCACCGGGCGCUGCUGCAGCUCAAAGGGGUGCAUGUGGUCGACGGGACUACUGGCUCCGAGGUCAACCUGCUCAGCCAAGCCGCGGCCAAGCUGACCGAGGAGCAGCGGAGAGCCGUGGAGAUCACCGAGAUCGAGUGCUACGACAGCCUGACAGCUUGUCUGUUGCAGUCGGAGUUGGUAAACUAUGAGAGAGUGAAGGAGUACUGUUUGAAGAUUUUAAACCACCAGAGAGAUCACUUCAAGGCCAUGUACAGAGCUGGCAUCGCCUUCUAUCACCUGGGUGAUUAUGAAUGUGCCCUACGCUACCUGCGUGACGCCAAGAACCGCGAACCAACAGACACCAACGUGCUGCGAUACAUCCAGCUGACAGAGAUGAAGAUGAGCAAAAGUGGACAGCGAGACCGAGAGAGCUGCAAGGAGAUGCAGAGCUAAUCUGUUACCUGUACAAUCUCUUGACCUCUCCCACAUUUGACCCCACAAGCAGCCCUCCUCUGACCCAUCCUUCCUUUCUGUCUUUCUGUACUGACAGUUCUGACAGCAGCACACACAGAAGUCCAAUCACCUCAUGUGGUGACUUACAAACGGGACACAUAUCAAGCGCUGUCUGCUACUCCUUCCUCCUCUUCUUCUCCUCAUUUCUCCCCUCAGGUGCUGUUGCUCCUCUCCUUAAAGCAGUCAGCAGGAUAAAAGAAAAAAAAAGAAAAACAACAAAAAUCCAAAAAGAAGCUGUAAUAUACCCAUAUAAAAUCUCAUUGGUAUGGAGCAAAAAAAAGGAGUUUCAAAACAAAAAAAACAACAAGAAGACAUUUACGUGAUUAAGUCAAUGUUUUUAGAGCAUAGAGGCUUUCUGUUUUGGCUCUCUUGCAGUCUCAUCUCUCUGCCUUCCUUCUUUCUGUGAUUUUUGCUACUCUUUGGCAGAUUUUGGGUCUGGGAGGCUCGACAACACUGGUGGGGGAGCAGGGGUGUGUGUAUGUGAAUGCAGUGUGGAGCAUAGGCAGGGGAAAGGGUAUUAGGGUUUGAAAAAGGCAUCAAGACCACAGCCCAGCUUGAUUGUACAUCCAAACACCUCGGGCUCAGACUUUGGGAAAUUCAGAAGGAGAAACAGUUCCUCAAGAAAAGACGAGGCCUGUCUUUGUGCUUUAUCUCUCGCCUCUCUCUUUAUUCUGCCAUGCAUCACAGUUUCUAGACUGUUUUAUUCUAAAUCAAGGGCUAAUUCAAGUGUUUGUAAUCCAUUAUUAGGGUUAUUAUUUGCUGUCAUGUUCAAAAGUAAUGGAAAAUUUGAAGGCAAGUGUGUUCAUAGCAGGGACCAAAUCCUCCAGUUGUUUUGCUGUUAUCAGAUGUGCUGUUGUGUGUGGGUGUCUUGAAUGUUGUCUGAAGCCCCUCAUGGGUUGCGUGUUGUGUUGAUGUUUUUAGGAAACUCGAGGCCCCUCCCUAUCCAUCUCCCACAGGCCCCGCCUACUCCACCCAAUGAUGUCACAAUGGAAAAUAGCCAAUGAAAUCAACCACCGUUGGUUAGAUGGCAGUCCUCUCUGAAGAUCCACAGCGAGAGGCAAUGGUGGUCCAAUUUUUAAGCACUAAUACUCAGUUUAUAGACCAACAAGACACUAAUGGCACACUGGAUAGCAUUGGUGCACGGAACAGCUGCACGCACAUCUGUGCGGAGAGUCCUAAUCACAGUAUAGAAGCCCUCAGCUUCACAGUGCUUCAUCAAGGGUGAGCCAUUUGAGAUUUCUUCUGCUCACAGUUUACUGUAAAUUUCUAACACAUCUGCAUUUGACCAAACUACAGAUUCUUCCUGGCAAAAACACAUUUGCAGAUCACAAUGCACACGUGAUCUGGUUUAGUCAUAUCCACGACUGUGACAUUUUGCUGUGGUGAGUUGCAAGGCUGAAUAAUACUGUCAUCUAUCAGCUUUACCUCAAGCUUAACUCUGCCCAGAUCAGCAGAAAGUUGGAUCGAUAAUUUGGUAGAGCAUGACCCGAAGUCCUGAUGUACCUCUUGUGCAAGCCCACUUCCUGCAUGUAACCAGGAGCUCCAAAGAGUUGAUUCAAAUAUGUGGAAUAGGGAUUAUAUUUGCUCCAUUGCUUUGCUUAUGCUAUGCUGCUGCUGAAAUGAUUGACCACGAUGCUCUUUUGGCAAACCCGUCCUUCAUAAAGCGAUGGGUAGCUCCAGGCAUGGAUUGCAGCUGCAGAAGAGGUAUCAAACGUUUCUGAAGAAUGCGUCCUUUUUCAUAAAAUUAAAAAAACACAGUGCCUCCUUUGGCUGUGGGAGAUGUUCCCAGUUUGACAUGGAGGAGGAAAUCAAAUCAAAUCAACAAAGUUGGAAAAGAUUUCCCCUCCAAAUUUACCACACUGACCUGAUAAAGAGUAGUCAGGGACCUAAGUGUGUCAUUAGCACUCUGGAGAGACGGCACUGUGGGUUGAGGGGACCAGCAUGAUACGGAGAGGCUCCGGUGGAGAGAGAAGUAGGCCAUCAUCAGCCCAGUAAAGCAGCCACAGCUCUCCGGUCUAAGAAAACAAGCUCCAAACUUCUUCAGUUUGUCAGUGCUAACUACUUGGCUUAAAGUAUGUGAUUGCAAAACACACAAAGGCAGUUUGCUGAUAAUAGGUACAGUCAGCUUCUAACUAAACUGGGGAGAAAAUGACAAUCACCUUGUGGUUGAACCUUCAUAUAGCAUAUUAAAAAACACACAAGGGGUCUGAUAGUCAAUAAACAAAUAUUUUAGAACGUUAGAUACACACAUAGUCAUAACAUUAGUCAGAUAAAGGCUUUAUUGAAGGAAAUUCUGUUAAAGUUCAAUAAAAAGGUUUUUAAAAAAGAUUAACUGUCACCUGUUCUUUUUAAUUUAUCACAAAAAUAAUACAAAUCCAAAGGUUAAUUUUCUGUUUAAAAACACACAAAACCAAAUGUGUAAUAAAUAAAAUUAUCUGAUCAGUUCGAUAUCUUCAUUUUGUUAAACCCUCCCCAUGUUUACUUCUAAAACACUCAGCCCCUUUGGGAAAGGUUUUCCAUUUAUUUUGCGAUUCUGUCAUCAGUUAACUCACAAAGGUCAUCACUUUUACUAGACUUAAUGAAUAUUAUGAAUCAUUGUAUCCAAUUUAAAUCUACUGUUAGUUUUAGAUAUUUAAACACAAACUUUUUUUUCGUUGGUGCUUUUUUUAAAUUUUGUGCUUUUUUUGUUUUAGUAAAUGGUGCUGAUUCACUUAUUUCAAAUUAAUUUGUGGUAAAAGUAUUGUUGCAGAGAUUCAAAAAUGACUAAUUGUGCUCUUAUUACACACAUACCUAUUGCCAUGUAGAGCAUUUUUUUCAAUUUAGUAAUCAUUUUUGUGCAGCUUGUGGCAAUUUUUUUCAUUCCAUAAAUAUUAAACAAUCAAAUCCAAACAAAAAGUGAAAUCUAGCCUUUGUCAUGGGCAAACAGCUCUGGAGUCAUCUGAGUCAUAAACACUGGAUGCAAACGUCAUCCUCUCCUCCCUGCACUCUGUCUGCAACUCCCAUUCUCCCAGGGGAGAUAGAUCAGCAGUGAGGAGCAUGUGCAGGCUCCAUGGCUCUGAGUUUGGUCUCCUCAUCCACUGCCCCCUCCGGGAUAGGUCCCCCUCCCCAGUCCUCUCUCCAUGACACCGGUUUGCCAUGUUGUUUUUGUCUGGCUGUGCUAAGUCAGUCUUCCUCUUCAUGUACAAUAUUCAUCUGGGGAUAACUAGCUGCACAUUAAACAGGUUUGCUUCUAGUUUACCAGGCUUCUUACAUAACAGCUGAAUCUGAGGCUGUUAUUGUGAGCAAAAAACCCCAACUUCAUUCUGUGUGCAGAUGGAGACAGGGAUCCCUGCUCCUGAUCAGUGUAGCUUUGAAAAGAAACAAAAAGCACAAAAAAAGAAAAUGUAAAGCUACAAGUUGUUUUGUUUCCUUUAAUUUGUUCUUCCUUUUUACUUUGGAGUCAUUAAAGGUAAAUGUUUGUCAAAUGUCAAAGUAGUUUUUUGUGAAUAUAUGAAACAAUUGUACAAAAAAAUGGAAAGUUUAUGGUUGUGAAAAGCUUUACUUUACUGAAUUACAUAAUCGAUCGAAAAGAAAAGCAAGAGAUGGAAAUUGAUGCCUUCACAGGGCUGCUUUGUGACUUGUCUUUAUCCAUGGUUAUUUUUGUUGAUUUUCAUCUCGUCGAAGAUUCCAGAAGGUCGUGCUCCAACGCGCCAUCUAGAAGAGGCAUCACAGUAACCUCUGUGUAGAUGGGAACAGGUUGGCUGCAGGCUGUUUAUUUCAGUCUUGACACAAAGGAGAAAAAGCUGUGGAUUCCAAUACGUUUUUUUAUUUUUCUGUUCUGUUCCAAAAAGGCCUUUUUUCAUUCAACUUCUAUACGUGUGACAAGUCUCCAUCACUGGAUUUAUUGAACUAAAAGCCCGGGAAUGCACUAAUGAUUGGUUGAUGAAGAUUAUGAAUAAAGUUUCAAAGAAAGAAGGAUGAA